AUGACUUCCGGAGAAAACUACCUCCCACCACUAAGCAUGGCAGACUUCGGCCGCUUCGCCAUCCAGCUCGCCGAGAAGGAAAUGCCUCAGUCAAUGGCUUAUCAUGACAAGCUAAAACUGCCGUCCUUGUUGAGACCUACACAGCCCUCGGUGCCUAUGUUCUGUUGUGCUCCUCCACGCCAAACGAUCCCGUUGCGGCUGCCCAUCAUCGCACGUGGCAGUGCUGCUGUGUUCCCUUGGCCUCUUGCUUGGGGCAACAGUGGUGCUCCCCAUCUGAUUCUUCUCCCCGGCGAGAUCCAUUGGAAUAAUACUGUGGGUGUGUCAAAGGAGAUGGUCGCUGAUGCCAAGAAACUUUACGAGUAUCUUUACAUGGCUUUCUCCAAGAGCAAGGUCACUUGCACGUAUGGCUUUCCCGAUUUGCUUAUGAGAGCCACUAAUGGGACUAUUUCCGAAAAGUUUGUUGUUGCGUAUGGAUUUGGGGAUGGUCAGAGCUCUACUGAUGCUCUACUAAUGCAACUUGGUCCACACGUACGAGUGGCUACAGCAGCUCUAACCAACGAGGAUGUUCUCCCUGAGGGUGACAUAUUUGUUAACACUGUGGGUGACAAAGACACCAUCGUCAAGGUUAAUCACAUGAAGAAGAUGAAAAAUGAUGCCAUUAUUUGCAGCCUGGGUGAUUUUGACGGUACUGGAAUUGACAUGCGCAAGCUUACUACCUAUCCAGAUGUGAAGCACAAAACCAUGGAGCCUGGAAUAGACAAAUGGGUCUUCCCUGAGUCUAACACAGGCAUCAUCAUAUUAGCUCAGGGACUUCCGAUGAAGAUGGGUCUUUCCUAUGCAGACCAUGGAGCUGGGUCGACAAAUGAACCGGGUUCGGGUUUAGACGAUGAUGAGGUUGUGGCUUCUCCUUCAGUUGCCAACCUUGAAGUUGAUCAUGGUCAUGAAUCGGCCAAUGAUGUACGGCCUGAGUUCAUUAGCUUGUCUAUUAAUGGAGGCGAUCGUAAUACAAACCUCAUCACUUUAGGGGCGGACCAUGGAGCCGGGUAA